AUGCAGGCCAUGAAAACAACCACACCACACCAAGUCCGGCGGCACUGGAUCGAAGGCCGCGAAAUCGUCCUCAUAGACGUCCGCGAAGAAGGCCCCUACUCCACCUCCCACCCUCUCUUCGCAGUCUCCAUCCCCCUCAGCGAACUCGAAGCCAGACUCCCCGCUCUCAUCCCAAGGAACUCAGCGCCUAUAGUCGUCUACGAUUCCGGCGAAGGCUACGUCGCCCGUGCAGUCCCUCGCAUCCAAACGCUCGGGUACACAGAUGUGUCGAUUCUGCGCGGCGGGUUGGCAGCCUACGCCCGCGAAGGCGAAGUCUACCGCGACGUCAACGUGCCCAGCAAAGCAUUUGGAGAACUCGUCGAAGCGAUUCGACACACGCCUUCCCUGCCCGCGCGAGACGUGAAGCACAUUCUCGAUACGCGGGAGGAUGUAGUCGUCGUAGACGCCCGGCGGUUCGAGGAGUUCCACACGAUGAGCAUCCCGCGCGGGCGAAGUUGUCCGGGAGGCGAACUGGCGUAUAGGAUUCGCGAGGCGGCGCCGUCGCCUGAGACGCUUGUUAUUGUGAAUUGCGCGGGGCGGACGAGGAGUAUUAUUGGGACGCAGUCGUUGAUUAAUGCUGGGGUUCCGAAUCGGGUGCUUGCGCUGAGGAAUGGGACGAUUGGGUGGACUUUGGAGGGGUUGGACGUGGAGAGGGGCAAGACGGAACGCCUUUCCACGCCUUCACGUCAAGCGCGAGACGAAGCACGAGAAAGCGUGGAGAGAUGGGCAAAACAUGUUGGUGUUCAAGUCAUCAACGCCGAAACUCUUUCCCAGUUCCGGCAAGAAGCUCACACGCGCACAUUGUAUACUCUCGACGUGCGUGAUCCAGAGGAGUACCAGCAUGGUCACCCAGCAGGCUUUCUAUCAGCGCCUGGAGGCCAACUAGUCCAAGCAACAGACGAGUGGAUCGGCGUGCGAGGAGCGCGCAUAGUCCUCUACGACGACGACGGCAUCCGAGCGCUCAUGACAGCGACAUGGCUGCAACAAAUGGGAUGGAACGUGUACGUUCUAGAGCAGAACACGACAUUACCAGAAACCGUCUCUUCCGCCCCGGGACCAAUUUUCCAUCCAGAUCUCCCCCAUUCAACCAUCAGCGCCACCGAGCUCAAGAACUGGCCAGACGCCACGAUCAUCGACCUCGCUCGCAGUCCAGCGUACACGAAAGGACACAUCCCGGGCGCCUACUUUGCCUCAGGCCCAGAACUCGCCCGUGACCUGCAAAAGGCCCCAGGGAGCGGACCCAUCAUCCUCACAUCGCCAGACGGAAUAAUAGCAGCUGCGAAUCUCCCUUUCGCUAAGCAAGCAACUUCAAGACCAGUGAAGUGCUUAUCGGAGGGCACGGCGGGGUGGACGGCUCUUGGCUAUCCGCUCGAGACGGAGACGCGGUGGUUGUCGGAGCCGAUUGAUGUGUACAAACGGCCGUACGAGGGGACGAAUAAUGCGCGCGAGAGCAUGCAGAGUUAUAUUGAUUGGGAGCUGCAGCUCGUUGCGCAGCUGGCGAAUGAUGGUGUUGCUGGCUUUCAUGUUGUGCGGGCUGCUGAAUGA